CAUGGCAAUCUUCGAAUGUCACUAGAGCCAAGUUCGAAUCAGCUACCAUACUUCGGAACUUCAGUUCAAAUUCAGCGAUUCGAUCGCUUAUACUUGAAUAAAAUCCUCACAAACGACACGUUUUUUUGAUAUCGUGUCGGUAGGAGCACGUUUCACUCCUGGCUUCGACACGUUAUUCGCUGUCAUUCCACGAUCUACGUGUUCCCUGAAAUUCGAUACAAUUGGAUCAGUGCUUUUAUGAAUAUCCCUCAAAAUUAUCAUAGGGUUUUGCGAAUUUUAGUAAGUCUAUUCUGAGAGUGGUUCUCUGUACUCAACCUCUGUUCUCAGUCACACAGAUCGAAGGUUGUUCCCGUGUGGAAUUCCGCUCGGUCGUCGAAAUAUUCAAAUCAAAUUAGGCGAGUGUUCAUCGUCGAAUUUCAAAUGAAUGUGUUGAGGUCCUCACGAUCUUAGUUUCGGCAGAGUGGUUGUAAUCUCGAGCCCUUUCUUCUGUCCAUGUAAUGCUCCUCAAGAUUUACAUUGGACAUUGAGGAGCUGGGGGAUACGGGUGCUGGAGUUAGAAUUCGUCGUCGUUAGCAGGUAGUGUAGUUUGAAGGUGCUGGAAAUGGCACGAAAAGGCGUGCAAUAUUCACAGGGUUUAGGUGCCACAGAAUCUGGGGUUUCAGUCUUGAGACACGCACGGUCAAUCCAUAGUAUUCUCUGGAGAUUAUUAUUUUGCUAGGUAGUCCAGCCAUGAGCAGCGAAGGGAAUCAUAUUGUGGAAGUAAUCUCUUCUGGUUUCCCAGAAACCCGCGCAGCACACGAUGGGUUUGGUCCUGAAAACGAAGGGAAGCGUUUCGGCGAGGACGAGACCAAUCUGCCGCCCGAUAAGGAGCCUCUGCUCAAUAAAUCUGCAGCUAAAGAUGCUAAGCUUUGGGCGAGUGUUGCCUCUGCAUGCGCUUAUGCAUUAGUGGGCCUACUUGUGGGAUUCUUCAAUAAGGCAGUUUUACAGGGCUGGCCGUACCCGAAUUCUUUCCUGACCAUGCAAAUAGCGGUAACUAUCGCCGUUGUCUACUCGAUGCAAGCGUGGGGCUUGAUCACCGUGAAGCCACUGCAAAGAAAUGCUAUCAAGAACUUGUUGCCCGUGGUGUUUUUCUACAAUUCAAAUGUUGCAUUCGCAUUAGUAGCAGUGAAUGCUCUCAGCAUCCCUGUGUAUCACGUUCUGAAGCGUCUGACUCCUGUUAUGGUGCUGGCGAGUAGAUACCUGAUUUGGGGCCAUUCGCCUUCUACCGAGGUCACGUUGUCUGUGCUCGUUGUUGUCUCAGGUUGCUUAAUGGCUGGCAUCGGAGAUCUGAGUUUCGAUUUGGGUGGUUAUUCUGCUGCACUUAUGAGCUGUGCACUGCAAAGUACUUACUUAAUACUCGUUGAGAGAUCUGGCAAUGAGAAAGGAUUCAGCUCCAUGGAACUAUUGCUUUACAAUGGAAUCCUUUCGUUACCGGUACUCCUUACCAUCAUUCUAACAACAGGAGAGAUCUGGAAGGCUAUGGAGGGCAUGCAAGCCCAGUGCGCACAGAAUGUCUGGUUCCUGCCUCUCCUCAUAUCUUCACUCUUGAUGGGCUCAUUACUCAACUACUGCUUAUUCCUGUGCACAUUGUGCAACUCGGCUUUGACCACUACAAUCGUGGGCACUCUUCGCAGCGUUUUGGCCACGGUUGCUGGCUUCUUUGUGUUUGGAGGCGUCAAAGGUACACCCUCCAUACUCUUGGGUGUGACAACCAACACUGUAGGUGGGGUGUGGUACACAAUGAUCAAAUACAAGGAGAAGCAGGUCAAGACGCCCUACCGCACAGUGAAGCUUGAGACUAGCUUCAAGAGAGGCUGAAAAAUUCCACAACUUGUAGAGAUUCCUCAUUCCAUUCUGUUGAAGAAGCAUUUAAGCUUUUCAAGUUUUGUUUAGAACAAUAAUAGUUUUGUUUAAAGCAAUAAUAAUUUCAAAUCUUAAACAAACAAAAACUUCAUAUUUUAGUUAUUUUUUACAGCAGAGUACUUAUAUGUAAUAGUAAUAAAACAUUCACAAAAUUUACAUAGCUCAAGUUAACAAUUCACGAAUGUAUAAAAUUUAAAGUAAUAAUGAAUAUAAUUGUUGUGUUGUAUUUUUUUUA